UCUUGGUACAGAUGCUGGGUUCUCAGCCAGUAUGAUUAAAAUACUGCUUUUAUAACUACAUCAGCAAGAGUUCUUCAAAAUGAAAUGCCUGGUCGUAUUUCUCGUCCUUUCCUUUUCAGACGUGGUGAUCGCCGAAAAUUCAGUAAUUGAAUUUCACAUCGAACGCAACCAUGACAAGAAACCUUGCACAUAUUUUGAAAAUAAAAGAUUUGCUGUAGAAGUUGAGGGACUAAUAAAUUGUACGUGGUAUGCCCCCAAAGCUUGCUGUAAACGUACAGAGGUUACCUCUGUUUUCUCCGGAAUGCCACCUUUAUAUGGAGCCUCCCGAGACUGCACCAAUCACUUGAACUACAUGAUGUGUUAUUUUUGUGCACCAGACCAAGUUCACUGGUAUCACAAAGAUGAAGAAAGAAAAGUUCAUGUCUGUACGGACUUUUGUAAAUCAGUUUAUCACCAUUGCCAAGGAGCUUUUUAUGACGGAAAAAGAAUAGGUGCUAAAUACCAAAAUGGUACGUCUUUCUGUGAGGCCCAGAAUUUCCAGGUGAUUGAUGGUAAACAGAACUGCUUCAAAUUUGACCCCAAUGUCUUUGACAAAGCCAAUAAAAUAACAUGUGUCGUUUCCUUGUUUUUCGUGUUGAAUUUUCUCACGCUAGUAUUUCUGUAAACUAAUUAAAUUCUGUCAACUUUAAGGAUAGGGGUUUUGAUACAUGUAUGUAGAUUUAUGGUUGGAAUCUGAACUGUACUCAUUCCAAAAACUUAACAAAGUGUAAUGUAUUUGUAAUUUUAUUUUCUUUUUAAAAAUCAGGAAUAUACAUUAUUUUUUUUGUGUAAUUCUUACAUUCACUUUCAAAAAGUAAUAUAUCUUCUCAAGACAAAUUUAAAGAAAAACACCGAUAUGCAAUGAAAUAUACAGUAAACGACAUACCUAAAUGUUGAAAAGUACGAACCCAACUCAAAGUGGCUUUGUUUGACACAUACAUGUAUAUGUGGUGAAAUUUACAAUGAAAGUAAAAUGUUUUCGAUAUAUAAAUAUUUCAUGAUUAUGUUUGAGAAGUAAAUUAAUGAUUGAUUGAAUUCACAUAUCGUGGUUGUUUUUGUUGGGGACAUUUUCUUUGGGCAACCUGAAAUUCAUCCGGCUUCAUGUGUUCUUUAUUCUAAAAUGUGAUUGGAAACGUAAAUUUUGUUGAACAUUUCAGAAAAGCCAAAGAAAUCAUUUUUUCAUACCUAUAAUGUACAAUCGAAAGAACAUGCAUAUAUUUGAUGUACAUGUAUCUUUCAUGCUCAGUAGUUUUUAAAUGUCUUGAUUUUUGUGGUUGACAAGUUAUAGUGUGACAGAAGAAAAAAUUCAUUGAAUGUUUUCAUUACUGGUCGAGAGAAUUUGUAAUAUAGUAAAAGAUCCAUGAAUCUAUAUGUGUAUAUACAGAAUGGUGUAGAAUAAAUACAUCUUAAAAUAUCAACAACGAAUAUAAUCCUUUCUUUUAUAUGCUUUCUUGAACAAUUGAUAAAAAUA